UCAGUAGGUCAGACUUGAGCAUAAAGUAUAUAGGUUUUGUCCUGAACCAGGUAGGGAUACAGCAGCUAUGUGAAUGUGUUGUUUGGCCUUUUCGCAGCUAGAGGGAAAUCUUGCCGCGAAAGUGCCUGCAAGAGGACCAGCCCCUUUUUCUGCAUAAGAUCCUACCCACCAUUUUAUACUUCAGUCCCUUUUCUGUCCAACACAGUUCACAGAGAUCUUCUUACCAGAGCCUCCUCUUGAUCCCUUUAAUUCUCAAGAAUCCUUUAGUGCUAUUUAAUACAUUGAAAAAUCCUCAUCUUUAGAAUAUCCAUCAUUCUUUCUGGCUGUGGGAGAGGAAUCAGGAUUUAUCAUGGAAUUGAGGGUUGUGCUUCUUGGGAAAACUGGAGAUGGCAAAAGUAGCACUGGGAACACCAUCCUCCAAGACAAGCUCUUCAAACCCUCAAGUGGCACGCAGGCUGGAACACAGCAAACUGAGAUGAAUGAAAAUGAUGUUGGCGACAGAACGGUAAAAGUCGUCGACACACCUGGUUUCUUCAAUUCAAAGCUAACGGAGGAACAGCUGAGGAAGGAGCUGGAGGGUUCUGUUUCCCAGGGUUCUCCAGGAGUCCAUGCCUUCAUCAUUGUGCUCAGAGUGGGCAAAUACACUGAGCAAGAAAAGGAGAUCGUAUCUCAAAUCGGAAAAAUCUUUGGCAAAGAGACUUUCAAUCAUGCCCUAGUCCUGUUCACCCAUGGCGACCAGCUGAACGACGAUCAGACCAUUGAGAAGUUUGUAGGUCAGAGUGAAGAUCUGAAAAAGUUGGUUCAAAAGUGCGGAGGCCGCUGCCAUGUGAUUGACAACAAACGUUGGAAAGAAAAGGAUGAGUACAGAAGCAACAGUGUUCAGCUGGAGAAGCUGCUGCACACUGUAGAGGGCAUGGCCAACAACGGAUGCUGCUACACCAUGGACAUGCUACAGGCAGCCAAGAAGGAAGCUCCAGUCAGCGUUGUGCUUCUGGGGAAGACGGGAGAUGGCAAGAGCAGCACUGGGAACACCAUCCUGGGAGGGAAGCUUUUUAAAGUGGCCCGUGGAACACAAGCAGGAACCCAACAACGCGAGGCUAUGGAAAACAGUGUCGAUGGUAGAACCAUCACAGUCGUUGACACCCCUGGGUUUUGCAACUCCAAGCUUACCGAGGAACAGCUUAAGGAAGAGCUGGAGGGAUCUGUUUCCCAUUGUUCUCCAGGAGUCCAUGCCUUCAUCAUUGUGCUCAGAGUGGGAAAAUACACUGAGCAAGAAAAGGAGAAUGUAUCUCAGAUCAGAAAAGUUUUCGGCAAAAAGACUUUCAGUCACAGCAUUGUCCUGUUCACCCAUGGUGACCAGCUCAACGACGAUCAGACCAUUGAGGAGUUUGUUGACCAGAGUGAAGAUCUGAAGAAGUUGGUUCACAAGUGCGGAGGCCGAUGCCAUGUGAUUGACAAUAAACGCUGGGCAGGAGAGGAGGAGGACAAGUACAGAAACAACAGUGUCCAGCUGGAGAAGCUGCUGAACACCAUAGAGGGCAUGGCCAACAAUGGAUGCUGCUACACAACGGACAUGCUACAAGCAGCCAAAAAUGAAGCUCCAGAAUUGGAUGAGAUGCGACUUGUGCUCCUGGGGAAGACUGGCGAUGGCAAGAGCAGCGUCGGAAACACCAUCCUGGGGAGAGUGGUCUUCGAGGUGGCCGGGCGCACCCAGUCUGGCACUCAGCAUAGCAAGGCCCAGGACAGUGCUGUGGACCACUGCAAGAUCAAAGUCAUCGACACGCCCGGGCUGUCCAACACCACGCUGUCCUCCGACCAGCUGACCCAGGAGCUAAGGGAGAGCAUCAACAUGUGUCUGCCAGGCCCUCACGCCUUCCUCUUCGUCUUCCGCACGGGCAAAUACACCGAGCAAGAGAUGGACAUUGUGAAGCAGAUCCGAAACGUGUUCGGGGAAAAGGUCUUCGAUUACGCCGUGGUGCUGUUCACCUGGGGGGACCAGCUGGACGACGACCAGACCAUCGAGAAAUACGUUGGCCAGAGCGAGAGGCUCAAGGAGCUGGUGCAGAAGUGUGGAGGCCGAUGCCACGUGAUUGACAACAAGCGCUGGAAAGAGGAGCAUGAGUACCGGAGCAACAUAGUUCAGGUGGAGAACCUGCUGACCACCGUAGAGGAAAUGGUCAGCCAAGGGAGCUACUACACUCCCGAUAUGCUUCAGCAGCCCGUGGUGGAGAAAAUUGAAGCCCCGAAAACUAAAGCCACAGAGCAGAGUGCAGAGCUGAACAAAGUGGCUCUGAAUCUGAAUAAAAAGCGCCUCCCGUGUUUCUCUUGUUUCGGACGCAAGUAAUUGAAUGCACUGAAGAUGGUGUUCAGUUAACCGUGUGUUUGCAUUGAGGGUGGAGAACCUGAAUUAGAGGUGUAAAGAUUCCCUCCAUUUUUAUCAUUUCCUUUCCUUCUAGCACUUUACAAAUCCAACCUUUUCUUAGAAUUCACCAUACACAGUAUGUAUGAACAAAAAAAUCAUAUAUGAUAAUUUAAAAUGUCUGGGAAUAAUGAAAUCAAUUGUUAAAACAUGUAUAAAAUACAAAGUAACACCAUAAAUUAAUGUAAUGUACCAGAAGAAUAUGGUUCAGCUAUUCAUUAGCAAAAUGAUUGGAAUUAGCUUAACACAUAUUUUGGUGGUGGUUGUCUGGGUCCCUCUGGCAGUGAACGCAACUUCUACAUGUGAUUUCAGCCUCAGGAUUAGUCACAAUCACAAGGCCGAAGGGCCGAAAAUGAAACUCAUUGUCAAUGAUUUCUGGACAGGCAAAGUAUUGCAAAAAACGAUCCCUGGUAAUGCCUGAAUGAAUGGACCCGAUUGUUUGCAAAAUUUAGGAAAGUAUCUGAUGAAAUAAAAUGGGGUAAAAUAAAGUAGAAAGUUGCGUUUUGAGUGCCAAAUAUAAGCCUGGAUAGUACUGUGUGAUCUGAAUGCAAGCAGCUGGCUUUCAUUGUGUUUAUGCAAAUUCAUGUGAGGAAACAGAGGCUUACCAAAUGGCAGGAUGUGAAGGGGUUGAUGUUUUUACACUGGUACCUUCAAUAAAGAGUCCUCCUCCAGCUCAGACCUUCCCGCUACAUAUUUGUACCAUAUCUGGUCUGGAAUCAGUGGCUGAGUGGCACUGUGGAGGGGGUGUACAAUCCUUUAAAACUAUUGAUUUUAAUGCCACUCAAAAGAAUGAUAUAUGUAAUGUUUCUUUAAUUUCAACUUCUAGUGCCUUCAGCUUCAAGCGCUAUAUACCUAUAUUUUUCUGACUAUAGAUGUGAUUUAUUGUCUGUCUUUACAUCCAAACAUGCAAUCCUGCAAAUGUGUUUGUGUUUUCUCCGAAUCAUUGUUUAUGCUGUGUGUGAUCAUUUUGUUGCUGUUGUUUAGCACACAAAAGGCAAAAGACUUCUUUAUAACUAUGAUGAUAAAGUUCACUUCAUACAGGAAAUCACAAAUGUUACUAUAAUUAUUCAAUAAACAUUGUAAAAUGCCCUUCA